AUGAGUCUAAAAUGUUGUCAUCAUGGGUUGGCAAUGACUGUUGCUUGUGGGAAAGAAUUCAUUGUAAUGGUGUCACUGGACAUGUUGAAAGGCUGCAUCUCAGAGGAGACAUUGCAAUUGUAUCUUUUGAGAAAUAUGAGUCUGGUUCAUCCUACUCCUUUGAUUCUGAUGGCAACUACUUGGUUGGAUAUGAGUUCAAACGAAGAGUUGAUGGCAAGUGAUAUGGCAUGGACUUUUGGCCUUUUGUCCCUCGAGCUUCUUGAUUUGAAUUCAUUAAAUCUUAGUGGAGCUCAUAACUGGGACAUGAUGCUUUACAUGAUUCCUUCGUUAAAAGAGUUAAGUUUGUCGAAUUGUGGACUUUUUGGUUCUUUUCUUAAUUCGAGUAGAAUAGUGUCCAACAUCAAACACCUGGAUCUUGGCUUCAAUUCUCUCAAAGGUCCAAUCCUCAAAUCUCUAGCAAGAUUAAGAACUUUAGAAGUAUUAGAUCUAUCUCAUAACCAUUUGACGGGUCCUAUUCCAACAUUCUUUGGGAAUCUUACGAAACUUGACCUUUCUUUUAAUCAAUUAAGUGGUUCAAUUCCGGAAUCCUUUGGAAAAUUAGCAGCUUUGACCAAACUUUAUCUAGAAUCCAAUUCGUUAAUGGGUCACAUACCAACAAAUAUAGGAAGACUUGUUUCAUUACAAGCAAUUUCUGUGCAUUCAAACUUGCUAAAUGGGACUAUUCCAGUUUCCUUUAGGAAACUUGACAAACUCCAGUAUCUAGAUAUCUCAAACAAUUCCUUGGAAGGAGUAAUUUUUGAAGCCUAUUUUGCUAACCUUUCGAUGUUGAAGCACUUGGAUACUUCUUCUAAUACGAAGUUGACCUUUAAUAUUUCACAUGAGUGGAUACCUCCAUUCCAAUUGGUAACUCUUCGACUCAAUUCUUGCAAUAUCGGAAAUGAAUUUCCACAAUGGCUUCAUAAUCAAAGGAAACUUGAGGAGUUAGUGUUGUCUAAUACUUCAAUUUCGGGACCUCUGCCGACAUGGUUGCGGAAGAUGCCCAUCAUUCCUUUCUUAGACCUCUCUCACAACAAACUCACUGGACCUUUGACAAACCUUCCCAAUGGGGUAAAUGUUGAUGUGUUUGACUAUGGACUUAACAAUGCAUUAUUUCUGGGAAAUAACCUAUUCAAUGAGUCGAUUCCAAGGUCAUUGUGCAGAAGGACAGAUUUGAGAUAUCUUGAUAUAUCCAGAAAUAGGUUAACUGGGAAAAUUCCAAAGUGUCUCGAGAAUCUACAACGGUUGCUUACCAUGAUAUUUAGCUCAAAUCGGUUGUCUGGCGUCAUCCCAAACUCUAUAACUCUUAAUUCUUCAUUAGUUUGGUUACAACUGAAUGACAAUAACCUUAUUGGUGAACUUCCUUGGGAAUCGGGGAAUUUAGGAGCUUUAAGAGUUUUAGAUGUGGGAGAUAACGAAUUGUCUGGAAUUAUACCUGCAUCGAUAGGAGAAAAACUUGGAUCUUUGGUAGUUUUUAGGUUACACAAGAAUAACUUCACCGGAAGUAUACCUCGAUCCUUGUGCAAAAUUUCAUCUCUUCAAAUUUUAGAUGUUGCAUACAAUUUCCUAACGGGAAGCAUACCUCAUUGUCUAGGAGAGUUGAAGGCCAUGGUUGAGAGUAGCCCAGUUAAUUUGGGUAAUGCCACCCUCAGUUCAGAUAAGAAUGUGAUUCAGGUCCUGAAAGGUGUUGAUCUUGAAUAUACAAAAACUUGGGAUAUAGUUUUCAACAUGGACCUUUCGAGCAAUAAACUUGUAGGAGAAAUUCCAGUCAAGCUCACAGCACUUUCUAUGCUAAUUGGUCUGAAUUUGUCAAAUAAUCAUCUCAGUGGGAUGAUUCCAGAAAACAUUGGGAACAUGACGAGGUUAGAAUCUCUCGAUUUAUCUGGAAACAAGUUGACCGGGAUGAUCCCUCCAAGCAUGGCAGCUUUGACUUUUUUGAGUCAUUUGAAUUUGUCACACAACAACUUGAUAGGACGAAUUCCAACAGGUCGUCAGUUGCAGACCCUUACUGAUCCAUCAAUAUACAAUGGGAACAAAGAUCUUUGUGGAGCUCCAUUGCUGAAGAAUUGCUCAAAUCACAAAGACCCAUCAUCAACAAGAAGCAAGAAGAAAUAUGAAGCAGCUAAUGAGCCGAUGAAGAUAUGGUUUUAUGUGGACAUAAUGAGUGGGUUUGCAACAGGGUUUUGGUGUGUUAUUGGAGUUUUGUUGUUCAAGAAGCACUGGAGACACAAGCUUUUCAUGUUUGCUGAUGAAACUGUGGACAAAAUAUAUGUUGCAGUUGUGGUAAGAUUUACCAAGCAGAAGAGAGGAAGAGAAACCACAUAG